ACUGUAAAACCAACGAGGGUUUAUGUGUUUGUACCGGCGGUCUAGAUAAAAAAAAGGACGCAUCUGUCUGUUUAGCAGAUAGAGGGUUGUCUGUAAACCCAGUUUAUGAAUGUCCAGUUAGAUGUUAUGAGCCGUUACGCCUUUCAUAUAUCCCUCCGCUGUUUUUUGUCCCCUUUCAGACUGUUUUGGUCUUUUCGCUGUUAGCAACGGAAAGAAGCUGAGAUAGCUGUAAACCCUAUUUUGAGAUAAUCGAAUUUUUUUGAUAGGCUUACGCAACAAAUUGACAAGAGGAGUAACACUCAUGUUUACUUUGGAAGAGUUAUUGGAGCGUGUUGUCUUUUUUAAAUAUUAUUUUUUUCAGUUUUAAUAGGAAUUGUACAGAUUGCUAAUUUAGCUAGCAACUGUUAGCCAGCUAGCUAGCUGUUUAGCAUAGCAUCCUCUUCAAGAGGCACGUUGACAUUAGCUUGCUAGCUUGCCAGAUCUUCGGUUUGCUAACGUUAGCGAGCUGUCACAGAACCACACGCCGUCUCAUCGUCAAGAAAUUGCGGUGUGAAACUGGUCGCUUUAAGACACUGUCUUUUAUGGGAUCACCAUGUCAAUGAAGGCCGGUGGAAAUCGCAGCAAGCCCGGCGGUGGCAACACCGCUGGUGCCGCCGCCUCCGGUGCCGGAGGAAGCGGCGGGGGAAGACAGAAUCUGGGCAGGGGAAGACACAGUGGUAAAGGUCCUUCACCAGUCAUUUUCAAUGGUGUAUAUGCAAAUAUGAGGAUGGUCCAUGUCUUGACUUCAGUGGUGGGGACCAAGUGUGAGCUGAAAGUUAAAAAUGGAGCAGUCUAUGAAGGAGUAUUUAAGACAUACGGUCCAGAGUGUGACCUGGUGUUGGAUGCAGCCCACCGAAAGAACCCAGAACCAAGCAUCGGCCCCAGGAAAGAAGAUAUUGUGGAGAGCAUCAUUUUCAAGGCCUCCGAUGUUGUAGUGGUGACCUUCAAAGAUGUGGACCUGAAUUUCGCCAGGAAAGUCUCCUCUGACACAGACAACUUCACAGAUGCAGCAGUGAGUGGUAGGAUCAAUGGUGAGCAUAAAGAGAAAGAUCUGGAGCCCUGGGAUGGAGGAGAGACCCACAAUUCUGACAGUCUUGAGUCUCUGGAUACAGAUGUGUCAAACGGUUGGGAUCCCAACGACAUGUUCAAGUACAAUGAAGAGAAAUAUGGAGUCUUAUCUACAUAUGACAGCAGCCUAUCCACAUACACAGUCCCCUUAGAGCGAGACAACUCAGAAGAGUUCCUGAAGAGGGAAGCGCGGGCUGCUCAGCUGGCGGAGGAGAUUGAGGCCAGUGCCACAUACAAGGCCCGUGUGGCCCUGGAGAACGAUGAGCGCACUGAGGAGGAGAAAUAUACUGCUGUGGUGCGAGGGGAACGGGAGACUCACACUCUUAGCCGAGAGAAUAAGUACAUUCCUCCAAGUCAGAGGAACAGGGAGGCGAUGUCAUGGGGGCCAGGACGUCAGAAUUCACCUCGUCUGGGUCAGAACUCAGCUGGACCCUCAACUCCUCGACCAGGACCUCACGACUACAGUCCCAGCUCUGGGGCCGACCAGAGGGUGGUUAAUGGAGGUUCAUCCCAUUGGCCCUCACCCUGUCCGUCUCCUUCCUCCCGUCCCCCCUCUCGUUACCAGUCUGGCCCCUCCUCCCUGCCUCCUCGGGCGACCACGCCCACCAGACCACCCUCCAGACCCCCCUCUCGACCUUCCAGACCUCCCUCUCAUUCAUCCCACCCCUCUUAUCCCUCCUCUUCAUCCUCCUAUUCCCACCAUGGGCCCACGUCGCCAGCAUCCAAUCUGCCCAAACGCAUGUCUUCAGAAGGUCCACCAAGGAUGUCUCCAAAAUCCCAGCGGACACCUCGUGCUCACAGAGUGCCACCCUGCCGAACUAGUGGAGUGCCCCCAGGAGUGGACUUAAUUUCCCACAAUGCCCCUGGUGAGGUUCCAGCGACUCCACCAACUAGGAGUAGCUCCUCUGGAGGGACGUGGUCUUCAGUGGUUAGCGGAGCUCACAGACCUCGCUCCCCCCGACAGAAUAGUAUUGGUGGAGCUUCCCCAGGCUCCUCAUCCCUCUCUUCACCACAGACAGCAACAGCUCCUGUGGAAACUGUUACUACACCAACAUCAGCUUCCUCUCCUACUGCUGCUAGCCCCGCCCCCAACAUGGUUGCUUCUCCAUCAGGAGAUGCAAAAGAGUGUCGUGUCCAGGAGACAAGGCAAACAUCCCCCUCAGCAAACAAGGAGAACAUCAAGCCUUUGGACAGCUCACCUAGUAUCACCAGACCAGUCUGUAAAGGACCCCCUUCUAUGGCACCAGACCACAGAAAACAAAUAGAUAAUUUAAAGAAAUUUAGUGUAGAUUUUAGAUUGCAGUCUAGUUCAAAUCCAGACCCUGCCUUUGACCAGAUGAUGACCAAGCCUGUCAGAGAUCCAGCAGACAAGCCUAAAGACCUUCCCCUGGACAAGGCCUCCACAGUGGGGCGGGAGGGCACUGAAGAUGGUGUUGUAGUGAUUGCCACUGGCACGUCCGGUGGCGCCCCUGCUCCAUCCACUACCACCAGUAACACGAGUAAACCUGGCAGCCCUGCUGCACUGUCUCCAUCUCCUUCAGCCCCAGAACAGAAGAGGGCGGGCCUGGAUGUGACGUCACAGGGAGUUCAAACGACCGCCACGUCUUCAUUCAGUGGACCCAAGCAUGAAGAAAAGGAGGAGAAAAAGGAGGCAGUACAAGAUCAAGUAAGAAAAUCAACUCUGAAUCCAAAUGCCAAUGAAUUCAAACCCAGGUUUAAUACACAGCCCAAACCAGCCAACACUCCAACGCCUCCCCGGCCUCAGGGCCAGCCCAGCCCCUCCAUCGUGGUCCAGCAGCCUCCGACUGUCUAUGGCCAGACAGUCUGCUUUCCCCAGAUGUACCCACUCACACCAGUCAGCCCCGGAGUGCAGAAAAGCAUAAUAUGGAAGUCUCCAGCUAUGUACCAAGUUCAGAUGCCUCAUAUGACGGUCAGCCAGUCUAAACCCUACAGACCAGGUAAAGUACCCAACAUGCCCCAGCAGAGGUCAGACCAGCACCACCCGCCGGGCACGCCCACCAUGAUGCACCCAGCGACGGCAGCAGGACCACCCAUUGUAGCACCGAGCCCCGCCUACUCUGCGCAGUACUUCACCUGCAGCCCACAGCAGUUCACCAGUCAGCCGCUCGUCCAGCAGAUGCCACACUACCAAUCACAGGCGCAGCAUGUGUUCAGUCCGGUGAUGCAGGGCAGUGCCAGGAUGAUGGCGCCUCCUGCACACGGCCAACCCAGCCUCGUCUCCUCCUCAACUACACAGUACCCAGAGCAGACACACACCAUGUAUGUGUCUCCAGGGCCAAUGCCUCAGCAGUACCCCCACCACAGCGCCACCUUGCAUCCUCACCCACAGCACCCCCAGCCCUCUGCGACGCCUACGGGCCAAGCACAGCAGGGUGGUCCUCCCCAGCAUGGAGGUCCUCCUAGCCACCCAGCUGCCAGCCCAGUUCAGCACCAACAGCACCAACAGGCAGCAGCAGCAGCAGCAGCAGCAGCCCAGGCCCUCCACCUGGCCAACCAGCCUCCACAGCAGCAGAUGUAUUCUGCUUUGGCUCCUACGCCCCCCUCCAUGACCCCAGGGCCCAACCCUCAGUCUCCCCAGGCAUCAUUCCCCUCUGCCCAGCAGACGGUUUAUAUCCACCCACAGCAGGUGCAGCACGGCUACAACCCCAACCACAUGGCACACGUGCAGCAGGCCCAUAUGCAGUCUGGUAUAGUGCCGUCUCACCACCCGGCUCCCACCCACCCCACCAUGAUGCUGAUGGCCACCCAGGGUCCUCCAGGCGGUCCUCAGCCCCCCAUGCCCCAGACUGCCCUCAACCCCAUCCCUGUUUCCUCCACCACACAUUUCUCCUACCUGGCACAUCCACAAGUGCAGCCUCAUCAUCAGCAGCAGCUGUAGAUAGAGGGCGCCAGCGAGCCGAGGGACCCGCUCUGCGCCACGCUUUCUCAACCAGAGCCUUCAUAACCAGGCGAUGAAGAGAACGAGAGCCCUCCCUCUCCUCUCUUUCCUCAUCCUCACCAGACAUGCUUCACAUCAGCUUUUCUCCCUCCCUCCCUCCCUUCCUCCCUCCCUCCCUGACUAGGCAAUAAGAGAAUGUUAACAGGUUGAUGCAGUGACAUGUUUUAACGAGCUAGAGAGUUUUAAUGGACAAGAUUGCUCCUAUUCAGGCCCUGUUCACACACACGCUCACACACACACACACACACACACACACACACACACACACACACACACACACACACACACACAUACACAAAAGCAAAACGCCCACACACACUCUUUCAGGGGUCCCAAAUUGCAACUUAAGUCAGCUUGCCAAGUAAGACAUGAAAGAGAGAUUGAGAGUAAAGAAGAAGAAAAAUUCAACUGGAACUUGUAUUUUGUCUGCACCUUGUUAUGAAAAAGAAAUCUUCCAACUUUUAGACAGUAUUAAUCUUACUGUUUAUUGCUGCUGCUAUGUGCUGCGUUUGUUUCCAGACUACACGACAAGUUUCUAACCAAACUAAAAACGAAAAACGUGACAAGAAACUUCCUGUGAAAUAAACUCGUGGCAGCCAAGAGGACAGGGGAAACGUUAUUUAUGAAAUUAUAAUGGCUGAGGUGAUCAGAUCCCACUUCUCACCUGACCCUUAUGUAACUUUUAAGUUAAAACUUUUACUUUGUAGAUAAUAUAAAUAAUUUAAAAAAUGAGCAAAAAAAUUUAAAAACAAUAAAAAAGUUUUAAAAACUGAA